GUAAUAAAAAAAACUCCCUAUAGAAGAAAUUCAUUAUUACUCGUUCACUAUCUGAAAGGCUUUAUCAAUUCUAAGAAUUCUAAACUUCAGAGUUGUUUAUUUUACUAAUGAAUAUAAUCCAAUUUUCAGGAUUAUCAAACUAAUAUUAUUUAUAAUUGUUUAAAGAAAGAGGAGGAAGAUAUCGAGAUAUAAAAUUUUAUCGUUUUACAUUUAUUGAAGAAUUAUGACACCAAUGAGUGACAGUAGUUCACUACCUAAAACAAAAAAGCCAUCAGAUAGUGCAUUUAAACAACAACGUUUACCUGCUUGGCAACCUAUUCUUACCGCUGGGACCGUUUUACCAACAUUUUUUGUAAUAGGAGUUGCAUUUAUUCCGGUUGGAAUUGGAUUGUUAUACUUUUCUGAUAAAGUUAAAGAACAAACGAUAGAUUAUACCUAUUGUAAUUCUAACAGUACUGGUGGUAAAAGAUGUAUAGAUGUAAUCGCACAAAAUCCAGCGAAGCCUUGUUACUGUGAAAUAGAUUUUGUAUUACCGACAGACUUCGAUGGAGAAGUUUAUAUGUAUUAUGGCUUAACAAAUUUCUAUCAAAAUCAUCGUCGAUAUGUCAAGUCUAGAGAUGAUAAUCAAUUAUUAGGAAUAUUAUCCGAUGAAGUAUCUGGUGAUUGUAAACCAUUUGCAUAUGAAGUUAACGAAGAUAAUAUUACCAAACCAAUAGUUCCAUGUGGAGCUAUAGCAAACUCUCUCUUUAGCGAUGAAUUAACAUUAUAUUCUACUAGAAAUGGACAAGAUGUACCAUUAUUGAAAACUGGUAUAGCAUGGCCUUCUGAUAAAAAUAUCAAAUUUAGAAAUCCGGAUGGUGAUUUAGAAAAAAUAUUUUCUCCUGAAAGAUUUGCUAAACCAAAAAAUUGGGCUAAACAUAUCUACGAGUUAGAUCCAAAUAAUGCAAGUAAUAAUGGAUUUCAAAAUGAAGAUCUUAUUGUAUGGAUGAGAACUGCUGCUUUGCCAACAUUUAGAAAAUUAUAUCGAAGAGUCGAUCACUCUGUAAAAGGUUUUACCGAAGGCUUACUUGCAGGAAAUUAUAAGCUUAAAGUUAAAUAUUCAUAUUCAGUGUCUACUUUCGAUGGUACCAAAAGAAUGAUCCUAAGCACAACGUCGCUUUUGGGUGGAAAAAAUCCGUUCCUUGGUAUUGCAUACAUAGUUGUUGGAUGCAUUUGUUUAGUACUUGGCAUAGCAUUAUCGAUCAUACAUAUAAAAUAUUCCAAGAGCAAACUAAUGUAAAGAUGACAACAAGAAAAUAUGUUUAAGGCACCAUAAUUGUUCUUCACAACUGAGAUGAUUGAUGUGAAUCCAACUACCGAAUAUCAAUAAGAGUUAACUAGAUUUGAACAAUAUUUAUUGAAUUUUGUUGGACUAACUACCUCUAUAGUAACAUACAGACAUACAAUUUUAUCAUAUCUGGUCUUAUGCAGUAAAAAUAAGUAUUAAAAUUUUAAAAUAAUAUUAAUUAUUAAAAAAAUAUUGAUUUUUAUAAAAGGUACAAUAUUACACAAGUUGCUUUACAUUAGUAACAACGAAAAGCUAUAAUUAACGACAAGAGAUUUUUGUGUAUAUCAAAUAUAACAAAAAAUAGUUAUUUUGUAUUAUAUAUGUUAUGAAUUUUAGAGAUUUAUAUAGAGUGUUUUAUACCAAAUACUAUAUCAGAAUGAAUUUCUUAGUGUUAUUAUUUAUUUGAUGUAAUAUUUUAUUUUUAAGUUCUUCAUAUUUAAGUAAUACAUACUUGUAUCAUUUUUGUCAGUAUUGCAAGUAAAUAAUACUAAGAUAUAA